AUGUUGUGCCUGCUGCACGGGCAGCUUGGCCAUGGCACCCUGGAGUCGGAGCAGCAGCCACGAGAGGUGGAGGCGUUGGGCGGUGUGCCCAUGACAGCAGUGGCAGCUGGCGGGUGGCACUCGGCCAGCAUCAGUGAGGCAGGAGAUCUCUACCUGUGGGGCUGGAACGAGUCCGGGCAGCUGGCUCUGCCCUGCAAAGCACUGGCAGAGGAGCAGGCACAGGCCCAGGACGCAGGUGAGGUGAGGGCCGAGGGGGCGCCGUGCCAGGAGCGGCCGGGGGCCGAGGCUGCUGCCUUCAUCUCCAUCCAGGCCCUGCCGGCGCUGCUGGACCUGCCCCGGCAGCCGCAGGUCAGCAGGGUCAGCUGUGGCUCCCGGCACACAGCUGCUGUCACACGAGGGGGUGAGCUCUACACCUGGGGCUGGGGUAAGUGAUGCCAACCCUCCAGGAGCAGCUUUUGUCUUCUGCUUCCUGCUGGGGGCUGCAGG